AUGGCGUCUUGGCUCAAAAGGCCAGAUGUGAUAAAAGCACACCAUCGCGCAACUCGACCCCUCGAUGCAAUCUCUGACUCCGCCAAGCACGCAAGGGACUCUGGUGUAUGCCAGCGUCUGAAAUCUAGGCCUUCAAACGCCAUCUACGACAAACUAAGGCAUGACAAGUCAAGCCCAUAUGGACUUCUCGAGAUAACCUUGGCCAAAUUCCUUCCCGAUUCUGUCAAUCGGACACUUCCGAAGGAAGCAUCAACACCUGCUUGGCAGCUACCUGCUGGAUAUCACCUCGUCUUCUUCCCUCCGCCAACGGCGAACCUCCUCGCCGAUGGCACCGACGACAUGCACUUCCCCGGCAAGCCGUGGGUACGGCGCAUGUGGGCUGGGGGUUCGAUAGAAUUCAGGACCGAUGAGAGGCGCAAAUACCUCACCUCCAAACACCACCAACACGAUGCGCUGCGCUGCCGCGAACAGAUAAAGGAUGCCGUGGUCAAAGGCAGUGUCGGGAAUGAGAAGGUCUGGGUUGAUAUUAUGAGGGCUAUAGGUCCUACAAGAGUCUAUCAGAAACACGCCUUGUCUGCGGCGGAGGCUGUAGACCAGGCGGCCAUUAUUGAGAGCAGGAAUUUGGUCUUCAUGCCCGCAAAGACGCCUGGGCAGGCAAUCGACGAUGUUUCUAAGCCGACUCGAAUCAUAAAACGUGAGCGCAAAGCCAUUCUCUACCCUAGAUGCUAUCUGGAUAUCACUACUGACCAUUCUACUUAG